UCAAACAAAAUUAUGGAGCCUCAAAGUCAGAAUUUGAAGACAGCACCAUCUUUGACUUUAGGAAGAUUUCAUAUUUCUGAAGAUUAUGGCUUUCUUCUUCCAAAUCCUCUGAAAGAACUCCCUGAUCACUAUAGACCUUGGAUGGAAAUUGCCAACCGACUGCCUCACUUGAUUGGGAGUCACCAGCUUCGAGCUCAGGUGAACGAGAUGCCCCUCUUGAACUGCCAGUUCCUCACGGGUUACCGGGAACAGCGGCUGGCACACCUGGUCCUAACCUUUAUUACCAUGGGAUAUGUCUGGCAGGAUGGAGAGGCACAGCCCAAAGAGGUUCUGCCGAGAACCCUUGCCCUUCCCUUGGUCGAGGUCUCCAGGACCUUGGGGCUCCCUCCUAUCCUGCUUCACUCGGACGUGGUUCUGGCCAACUGGGCUACUAGGAACCCAGGAAGACCCCUGGAAAUCAGGAACUUGGACCCCAUUGUCUUAUUGCCAGGGGGAGAAAGCCUGCGUGGUUUUAUACUGGUGACUGUUUUGGUGGAGAAAGCAGCUGUACCCGGGAUUAAGGCCCUGGCUCAGGCGGUGAAUGCCGUCUUGCUGCCCAGCCCAGACUCCCUGCUCCAAGCCCUGCAGCAACUGCGGCUCUCCAUUCAGGACAUCACCAGAGCCUUGGGACAAAUGCAUGAUUAUGUAGAUCCAGACAUCUUUUACACAGUCAUCCGGAUCUUCUUCUCUGGCUGGAAGGAUAACCCAGCAAUGCCUGCGGGGUUGUUAUAUGAAGGCGUCUCCAAAGAGCCCCUGCAUUACUCCGGCGCGAGCGCUGCUCAGAGCACAGUGCUGCAUGCCUUUGAUGAAUUCUUGGGUGUUCGUCACAGCAAGGAAAGCGCUGAUUUUCUGCACAGAAUGAGGGAUUACAUGCCUCCUUCCCAUAGGGCCUUCAUAGAAGAAAUUCACUCCGCUCCUUCCCUGAGGGACCACAUCCUGUCCUCUGGAAACAGUCAGCUUCUGACAGCCUAUAACCAGUGCGUGGAGGCCCUGGCAGCCCUGCGCAGCUACCACCUCGCCAUGGUGACCAAGUACCUCAUCACGGCCGCACCCAAAGCAAAGGGCCGGAAGACGAGCCAUCUCCCGGGGCCACCUCAGGCCUUAGAAGAGAGGGGCACAGGCGGAACGGCAGUCAUGAGAUUCCUGAAGAGUGUCAGGGAUAAGACCAUAGAGGCGAUUCUCCACCAAAGUGGCUAA